UUCUGAAAAAUUGAGUAUUGAUACUCGAUACUGUAUGCUAAUAUGCUAUGUAUGCUAUGUAGUAGAUACUUAUUUCCUCAGAUCCGGGUACUAAUUAGUGAUAUUCUUAUGGUAAUACACAUUAUCAAAUUUUUUAUUUAUAUUUUUAACGCGCAUCUCUUUAUUAGCCUUAGUACUGAAUACAUGGAACCAAAAAUGCGCUAUUAUUUACAUUAGGAAUAC